GCUGCUUCUGGUUCUUAUUUGAAUUCACAAAACAACACAACGAUGAAAAUAUCUGAUCCACAUCCGGCAUGAUUUUGUUCCUUGCGGCCAUUUAAAGCAACUGUUCAGUGAGGUUUAUAUAAUUGUUACGGGCGAUGCUUAAUGUAGGAACGGUGCAGCUUUAAGGGGCUUCUCGCAACCCCUAACUGGAUGGAAACGAAUGAUGUCAUUUGCUCCAGUUGCCAGCGUUUUCCUCGCUUUCCAUACGCUCCAAACUUCAGGAUUGCAAUUCCCGUUGUACGUUAGCAAGGAAAUAUAAUCUAAAAGAUAUACUUGUGAAGUUUAAAAUUUGAACCACAUUAAUUGAACGGGACAUGAGAAGAUUAUUUUUCUUGCUUACUCUCUCUGUGAGGGUAGCAGUUGACUAUGGAUAUGAAGGGUCUGGAUAUUCUUAUGCUGGGAGCCAUGAUGUCGAUUACAGUGUUCAAUAUACAGGAAGCAGCUACUAUUUGGACUAUAAAGAGCCAAGAUGGUGCUAUCCAUUGAGCGUUGAAAAUGGUGACGUAGAAUGUCGCUCACCAAGGGGUGCAAACUACAGAAGCACACUUGGAACACGAUGUCGAAUACUUUGUGAUAGAGGAUACCGGUUGCUAGGCCGAAGGCAUGUCGAAUGCACAGUGACCAGGUACUGGUCUGGUAUAAGCCGAUGUAAAGAGGUGCGUUGUUAUUCACUUCCUGCAUUUCCAUACGGAUCAUAUGUGUGCUCCAAGGGGACACGCGUAGAUUCCCAGUGUGAAUACAUAUGUGAGCAAGGAUACCAACUGGAAGGAGAUAGAAUGAGGGUGUGCCUGGAGAAUGGCCAGUGGAGUGGAAGUGAACCUAUCUGUGUAGAUUAUGAACCUCCAAGGAUAAAAUGCCCAGGGUCCAGGGAGAAGGUGGCUGAACCGGGGCAGCUGACUACACGUGUAUAUUGGGACUCACCGCGCAUAAAAGAUGUAGCUGAUAAACACAGUACUAAAAUAGUUCUGAGAGGACCACCGUCAGGAUCUGAAUUUGGAAAGGGAGAACAUAUUAUUCGCUAUGUGGCGUAUGAUAGAGAGAGGAACAAAGCCUCCUGCAAGUUUACUGUCACAGUUCAUGUUAGGAGAUGCCCUCUCCUGAAGCCGCCUGUCCAUGGUUACAUCACUUGUACAUCAGCUGGUAAUAACUAUGGGGCAACCUGUACUUACACAUGUGAAGGAGGUUAUGAGCGACAGGGAAUCUCCAAACGAGUUUGUCUGUUCAAUCGAAGCUGGUCUGGAGUGGCACCGUCUUGUGUACUAAUCGAACUUAACGUUGACGUGAAUUCAGUGGCUGCUCUUAUGGACCAGUUCUAUGAGAUGCAGCGUCUCUUCAUAAUAUCCUCUCCAAGUCCAUCUGAUAUGUACUACACCCUACAAAUAAGCAUGCUACAGGAAGCUGCCUGUGGUCUGGAACUGAGACAAGUAACAAUAAUAGAAUUGGUUGGAAAUCCACCAAGAGUAAUGGGACGUAUAAAGGAACAGGAGCUUUCUUCAGAAAUUGUUGAUCAACUCAGGCAAGUCUAUUACUUAUCCAGUAUGCACUUUAACGCUGUCCUGGUUGACAAAUAUGGUACAGACAGAGAGCGUUACAUUCAACCAGUCGCAUCCAAUGAGCUGUUUCCAUUCAUAGACAUUUACUUACUCCAGAAGGAGGAAAAAGCUGUUCUGGAGCAAAGAGAAAGUUUCUGUAACUAAAACUCAAACUUGACAAACAUUUUAUAUAUGUUUUACCAUCAACAACGUGUAUUCAUACAGCGCUUGUGUAAUAAUGUAUUAUCUUAAAACACUUCAGAGGGCUGUUAACAAACAAAAUUUGACACCGAGUUACCAUAGGACAUAUUAAUAUAGAUGACUAAAACGUGGUCAAAGGGUAGGAUUUUAAUGAGCCUCUUAAAAGAGGGAAGAGAAGUGGGGAGUUUUAUUGAAAAAAAAUCUCCAAGCUUAGCAUCUUGAUAGCUGAAGGCUGGUGUGUGAAUAAUGGAAUUAUUAAGAUUUUGGUGAUGCUCAAUGAAGUCAGAUUGGAGUAAUGCAGAUGCCAUGAAGAUUGUAGCGCUGAGUCAACUUCCUCGUCAAAUUGUGUGACCUGAGUCUCAGUUGAGAGUUGAUCUGUAAAGAUUCAUCCUUUCCACAACUUCUGAAAGGGCCAUUUCUGUCAUUCAACAAUGAAAAUACUUGUUUUUUUUAUAUUCAUAAAGUGUACCAAAACUGAUUUUCUAUAAUAGCAGAUGCAUUUCAAGUAUUUGCAGUUAUGUAAAUGUACAAAAUCUUAGAAUAUUUUCUAAAACAAAUCUAUUUGGGAAACAUGAGAUGACUGUUUAUCUGAUCAAGCCUGUUUCACUUAUUCAUUCAUGGUACAUUGGCAUUAGUGACCAGGUUAAUAUUUAUGCCCAUUCCUAAUUGGCCUCAGGGCAGUUAAGAGUCAACCACAUUGCUGUAGGUCUGGAGUCAUAUGUAGACCAGACCAGGUAAAGAUGGCAUUAGUGAACCAGAUAGGUUUUUCUGACAAUUGCCAUGCUUUCAUGAUCAUCAUUAGACACUUAAUUCAAGAUUUUUAAAAAUUGAACUCAAAACCCACUGUGCCAUGACAGGAUUUGAACUAUUCAAAAUCUUCAGAACUUGAUCUGGGUCUCUGGAUUAAGAGUUUAUUGAUAGUAACUCCCCUAAGCAACUUGAUGAAUGAUUUGUAAUUUAUCCAACCAUGGAUAUUCCCUAAUUUAUUCUUUCCCCUGAGAACCGUGACGAAUCCCAAGGACAGUGCCAGAGAAAAUUUGAGCAUAUUUUUGACUCUAUUUUCGCUCAAAAACUCUCAAACACAAUCUCCAGCCUAUCAAUUUAAUAUUUAAAUCUACAUUGUCAAACAUUGCCCAGUUCCCAAAAAAAUGACCAAAGUUUUCCUCAAAGUUUUUGACUUGGGUCAUUCUUUUUCUUUUAAUUCAUUCACAAAAUGUGAACAUUGCUCACAUAACCAGAAUGCAUUUGCUCAUUCUAAUUGCCCUUAAUGAAAUGGUUUGCUAUGCCAUUUCAGAGGGCAGUUAGGAUCAAACAUAUUGCAUUGGAUUUGAUGCCACAUUUAGACACGACAGUUAAGGUUUCCUUCUGAAAAGGACAUCAGUGAACCAAAUGUUAUAAUAAUUCAGUCAAUGUUCACGAAUAAUGGCACUAACUUAUAAUUUCACAUUUGUUUUUAUUAACAGAAUUUAAAUUUUCUAGCUGCUGUGGUAAGACGUGAUCUCAUGUCUCCAGAUUGUUAAUCCAGGCCUCUUUUGUUAUUUGCCUAGUAACCUGAAAUCUGGUGGUUGAAUAGUGUUUCUGCUAGCUGUCCAAAAAACAGUUUCCAAUGCAAAUCAGUAGAUAAACCACCUCAUUCAAGUCAGGGCAUCCUGUGUUACUGAGUCUGGAGACUGUGAGUUGAAUUACCAGUUGUCUUGCCUGGAGAUAUGAACCGUACCUUUAGAGAACAGGAAUCCUCAAUGAAUCAUUGCGGCUCUUUGAUAGGCAGCUCUUCAGCUGGAACCUUCCAAUCAUGAGUCUAUCUUAGAAUGGCAGCAUUACGCUCUUCAGUGUGUCAGGUUAGCAGAGACGCUGAAUAAUUCCAACUGAGUCAGGACUUUUCCAAGCAGGAAGUAACUAUUUUCAAGGUUUGUUUGAAAAUAAACAGCUAAUUUAUGGGAAGCAUGUGUUUUUCUGAGAAAGAUAGUAAUUCAUAAUGACUGUAAAGGAAUUGUUUGUGUUGAAUACUGAUCAUUCAUCUGUUCUGUUUUAAAUAAAAUGCUCAUGAUUUCUA